AUGGAGACGUCAGACUGCAAGCGACAGUCAUCCAUUGUAGUGGCCGUGCGGGUGAGGCCCUUCACUGCGGAGGAGCGAGCGUUUUUGGGCAACGAGGACUCUAGUACGAGAUACUCUUUGAGCAUCGGUGAUUCGAAGCUGGUGGUGCCACUUAAUUCGCAGACGGAGAAUGGUACUGGUACUAAAAUUACUAGGCCGCCAGCGAUGACGCGCCCUCGUGGUAUUAGAAAGGUAGUUGAGUGCGUUGACGAUAAGAUGAUGAUCUUCGAUCCGGCAGAGACCAACCCAUUGAACACUAUGAGUGAGACGGUGUUGAAUUCCAUCUAUUCACAUAGCAGAAACAACAGAAGGAGGCUGCGAAGAGGUGGUGGAGAGUUGAAGUUUGUUUUCGACAAACUAUACGACGAAGACGCAACGCAAAUGGAUGUAUACUCGGGGACCACUAGCGCCUUAUUAGACUCUGUGCUGGAUGGUUUCAAUGGAACAGUGUUUGCAUAUGGGGCCACGGGAUGCGGCAAGACUUAUACAGUGAGCGGCUCGCCGGAGGAACCUGGUAUCAUUUUUUUGGCGAUGCAAGAUCUGUUCAACAGGAUCGAAGCACUCAAGGAUACAAAGAAGUUUGAGAUCUCGCUCUCUUAUUUGGAAAUCUACAAUGAGAUGAUACGAGAUCUGCUAAAGCCAGAGACGUCACCAAAGAAAUUGGUCAUCAGAGAGGACAGCGAAAACGGAAUAAGCGUGGCCAACCUGUCGCAUCAUAGGCCUCAGACGGUGGAUGACGUGAUGGAUAUGGUUAUAAGAGCCAACAUGAACCGAACGACAUCGGCCACGGACGCAAAUGAAGCUUCUUCAAGGUCUCAUGCUGUCUUGCAGAUCAAUAUCAUACAGAGCAAUAGAUCUGCAGAGAUUACUUCGAAUCAUACAUUCGCGAAACUAUCCAUCAUUGAUCUUGCAGGUAGUGAACGUGCGGCUUCCACCAAGAACAGGGGAGAGCGGCUACAUGAGGGCGCCAACAUAAACAGGUCGUUACUGGCGCUUGGGAAUUGUAUCAACGCAUUGUGUAUGAGUGACGGGACACGCCGGACGUGCCAUGUUCCUUAUAGAGAUUCCAAGCUGACCAGAUUGUUGAAAUUUUCGCUAGGCGGGAAUUGUAAGACAGUGAUGAUCGUGUGCAUAUCACCCAGCAGUACGCAUUAUGACGAAACUUUGAAUACUCUGAAAUAUGCAAACCGUGCGAAAGAGAUCAAGACCAAAGUGAUUAGAAACCAGCAGUCACUUGAUAGACAUGUUGGGUCUUAUCUGAAGAUGAUUGAAGAGCAGAGACAGGAGAUAAGCGAGCUGCGUAAAAGAGAGGCCAACGUUGUCGACCUCCAGUUAAAAAGAUACAAACUGACUCUGGAUAAAGUUCAAAUGGCUCUCGGUGACUGCAUUAACGGGGUCCGACUAACGUACGACCGAGCGGAAUAUCAAAGGGCUAAGGUGGUCAAGUCAUUAAUUCUAUGCAAGAGAAGGUUCCUCCAGAUGAUAUCUUUAGAGCUGAACAAUGUGAUCACAAUAGCGCAAAACUGGACCAACAUAAACAUCGUCAACAGUUGUUCGCUGGUGCUGGAUCAACUGGCCAACAAGAUACGUGAACUAGAAGCAAAAUUUGACGCCGGAAACGACGAGUUUGAACAGGUCAUGGAGCAUGCCCGGAUUACCACUCUACCCAAGCUGAGAGAAAUGGAAAACUGGGACGACACUCGAGAUCUCCUCUACUUUGAAUCGGAACUCGAUCGCAUCGCCGAAAGCCUGAGGAAUGAGAUCCUAAUCAACGCUUCCGCGAUGGUCGAGAAACUGCUCGAGGACCCGACACUCUCGAAAAGGAUCAAGUUUUUAUCCGACUGUCUGGCAAAUGACUCAAGCGUUGAAUCCGCCAUCGCUGAUCUUGCGCACAUAGAUCAAGAGUUUGAGCAUUUUGGCGAGCUCUUCUUACGAGAGACCGACAGCCCACACUCUGCACUUCAAGUGCCGAGUGACAAGCCCAAACAAGUCAAGAAGACCGUCAGAUGGUCAAAUUUGCCCGAACAGAUCCCGGAGCAAGAUCAUGAACCGGAAAAGGCACAAGAACAAGAACAAGCACAAGAACAGGAACAUCCGACCGACAUAGACAUCAGCAUGCAAGACAUUGCAACGCCUCCACCUCCUGCACGCUCUGCCAACAGCAGGAACUCCUUGCUGAAUCACCGUCUACUGUCCGGUCGAUUAUAG